AUGGCUCAACCGCCGGGGGCGAUGGUGUCUCAGCCACAAAUGCGAAACGGCACCUCUUCCGACACAAAAAGUCCGUUCGAGACGCAAAUAAUAAUUCUAAAUCAGUGCAGAAAGUUGAAUGGUCAGAUCUUCAUUCAAAGGGACUACACGCAGGGCCUCGACGUGCAGUUUGAGGUCGAAUAUCCGUCGAGAUUUACUGAAAAAGUGCCUCGCGACGUCUGGGAAAACACAAUUGUCCGAAUAAAUCGGAUAUUCGCUGACGCCGAAGCGAUCACACCUCAAACAAUCUUCGAAACGUUGCUGGGGUGUUUCACGUGUUACGCCUCGUAUCUCGUGACCAAAUCCACAUAUCGCCGGAAAUUAGACGAAUUGCAAGAGUUUUUGGACCGAGAGAAUCGAGAAAUCUAUCAUAACGUCGGUUUUCAUAUCCGCAAUCCCAUGGAGAGAGGAUUGAGAGUGCUCGAAAUCGCGAUGCUCAUUCGACAAGGCGAGACACCACGCGAUGAGGUGGAAAUUCAAGAAUCCAGUCGUCCGAUUCGAACAAUUUGA